UUUCUGGAUCAAAUACUAUAAAAACCUCUAAUUUGUCUAUUUACUUUCACAUCCUGCUGACUUGCUGAACUAUAUACAUAAGAUUAAUAUCAACGUUACUGAGAUCCAAUAUGAAGGUAGCAGUUAUCCUGGCUAUUGCUCUUGCAGUACUUCUUAUAGUUCAUGAGUCAGAAGCAAGUUGUGCUUCCAGAUGUAAAUCUAAAUGUAGAGGCAGAAGCUGUAAAGGCUGGGCAUCAGCCAGUUUUGGAAGACGAUGCUACUGCAAAUGUUUCCGUUGUGGCAGUGAGCAUACCAUGCACUUCCCAGAAAAUGAAGGAUCAUCUCAGAUGAAUGAAAACGAGAACAUUGAUCUCGCCGAAGACAUGCCCACAGGAGAAACCGAACAAGGUGAAACUGGCAUAUAAAGGGAAUAUCCAUAGGAUAUGUUAAAACAUUAUAUAGUUUUACUUUCUUUUUGUCAAGUUGUUUUUAGUUUGUUGUCUGUUAUUGUAGUUCUGAUGCAAUAAAUUCUAAUUAUAAGUAGAA